UCAUAAGUCUUCAUCAUCUUCACUGAUGAAACCCACACCCUCCUUCUCCGGCGAACCCUACUACUCCGGCGAUCCCCCUCCUAAUCCGGCGACCCCAUCCUUCUCCGGCAACAAGACCGGCGGAGCUGUACUGCUGUUACUUGCAGGAUGCUUUUAUUUCGGAUAUUUCAAAAAGAAAAAGGCUGGAUCGAGUUCAGCUUUAUUAAAGAACGCACAGGUUCAACUUGUGCCCGAUCAAGGGCGCAAUGGUUCGUUGGUUAGAGGCUCAGAGUCUAGUGGUGGUGCGGUUGCUGGGGCCUUACCUGGUUCGGUGGUGGCGUACGGCGGCACACAGUAUAUAAGAAGAGAGAGAGGUAGUUCGGAAAGAGAGGGAGACGGCGGAGAACAACGACACGUUUACAGGCCAUUCAUUUCUCUGGCGAACACCCCCUUCUUCGUAUGUCUGAUGAUGAUGAUGUUGCUGACGGUGGUGAUAAUCCUCCGACGGUUCCUUUUUUUUCCGAUAACUCCUCAUAACUCUUCUUUUCUUUUGAUUUUUUUUUAAGAUCUGAUGAUGCUUCGGCCAGUGGGUGGUGGUUUCAGGUGGAACUUGGUGGUGGCCGAUGAUGUAUGGGGUGUUGACGGCGGUAGACGUGGUGGCAGCGAAGUCUGCCGGCAAUCGGUCGGCGACGAUGUGCCGACGGCAUCGCUAAUGGUGAUGGGUAUUUUUGGCAUUCGGAUUAGUUUCGGGUGGAUUGGGUUUCGAGGCUCAGUCGGUUCCGGGUCAAUAAACUGGUCCUGGUAUAAAAGAAAGGGCACUUUAGACAUUUCAUUAGUAGUACUACAAUCUUAAUCAUUGAACCAAAGACGGAAACUUCUGUGCUACAAUAGUUGAAAGUGGCAUCAUAUUAUGGGUAAAGGU